UUUCCACCUGCCCGCCCCCGCCACAUAUAACGCACAACACAUGAGGCUGAGGGCUCCAGUGUCUUGCCUCAGUGGGUGGAUUCCUAGUGUCAGAGUGUCAUGCUGUGUCUCCCAUUUUCCAUAGUUCGCUGGAGGUAAAAAGAACUCUGGCUGAAGACCCUUCCAGGACAUAAUCAAAGACUCAGGAUAGAGAAAUACCCCUUGAACUGUCAGCCCCAACUCCAAUGAAGCUGAUAAGCAGCACUGAUGCUCCAAAAACACUUAAUGCCAAGAACAUGGAGACGUUAAUUGAAUGUCAGUCAGAGGGUGAUAUUAAGGCGCUUCCGCUGCUGACAUCAUGUGAGAGUGAAGACAGCAUUUGCCAGCUAAUUGAAGUUAAAAAGAGGAAGAAGGUGCUGUCCUGGCCUUCUCUCAUGAGGAAGCUCUCUCCUUCAUCUGACUUCUCUGGGUCAUUGGAACCAGAGCUCAAAGUGUCACUGUUUGAUCAGCCCUUGUCAACCAUCUGUGGAGAAAAUGACACGCUCCCCAAACCCAUCCAGGAUAUCCUCACCAUCCUCUGCCUUAAAGGCCCUGCAACUGAGGGAAUAUUCAGGAAAGCCGCCAGCGAGAAAGCCCGCAAGGAGCUGAAGGAGGAGCUUAACUGUGGGGGCUCUGUGGAUCUGAACCAGCUCCCCGUGCACCUCCUGGCUGUGGUCUUCAAGGACUUCCUCCGAGGGAUCCCCCUGAAGCUGCUCUCCUGUGACCUCUUUGAGGAGUGGAUGGACGCCCUGGAGAAGCCAAGUGAGGAGGACAGAAUCGAAGCCCUAAAGCAGGUUGCCAACCGCCUCCCGCGGCCCAAUCUUCUCCUGCUCAGGCACUUGGUCUCCGUGCUGCACCUCAUCAGCAAGAACGCCGAGGUUAACAAGAUGGACUCUAGCAACCUAGCCAUCUGCAUCGGGCCCAACAUGCUCACCCUGCAGAAUGACCACGGCCUGUCCUUCCAGGCCCAGAAGGACCUGAACAGUAAGGUUAAGACGCUAGUGGAAUUCCUCAUUGACAACUGCUUAGAAAUAUUUGGGGAGAACAUUCCGACACAUUCCCGCAUCACUUCUGAUGACUCCCUGGAGCACACUGACAGUUCAGAUGUGUCAACUCUGCAGAAUGACUCAGCUUACGACAGCAAUGACCCAGACGUGGAGCCCACGAGUGCCAUCACCCCUGCCAGCAGGCAGCUGGAGAGCUUUGCUGCCACAGUGGUUGGCCAGGAUACCCUGGGCCCACGGGACACCUGUGAGUCAAGCUCAGAGCCCACGCUUAGCAUGGUAGCCAGGUUGAAAAGCUCCAUUGGCCAGCAAGACAGGCGGUUCUCUGAACCCAACAUGUCACCCUCCCAAGAGUGCCUCGUGGGCCAGAUGACAAAGCAAAAGCUGACAAAGAGUGAGGAUGGCUUCACCAUGCCCCAGGAUGCCUGUUUUGAAGGUGAUGAGGCUGAAGAUCCCUUUGCAGAGGAAGUCCUCCCAGCAGCUGAAGGCAAACCCAAGAGACCAGUGGAUCUGAAGAUAAAGACUGCAGACCAAGGUUUAGCCUUGCCAAGGGGACCCCUACCCAAAGCUUUCUCCAGUGUCUCCCCAGGUGAAUCUUUGCACAGCUCACAUGUGCCUUCUCCUUCCUGUCCCAAAAGAAACUUCUUCACCAGACACCAGAGUUUCACCACAAAGACAGACAAGCUCAAACCCCAAAGAGAAAUUCGAAAGCACUCCAUGUCGUUUUCCUUUGCUUCUCACAAGAAACCCCCGGCCCAGACCUCAGACACUGAGUCUGAGAAAUCCAAAGACUUUUCUAGAGACCAAAUCAGGAAAGACUUGAGGAAAGCAAGCCAGCUUGCUGGCAGAAUCAUCCAGGAAAAUGAGUUGGAAAUCCAAAGCCAAACAGCUCUGGGCUUCAGCUUGUCUGGAACCUGGGCCCUCUCAGUCGACAACAUCUUCCAGCUGGUUGAUGUGAGGAAACCAGGGAGCCCACCAUCUUAUGAAGAGGCCAUGCACUACCAGACAGGUGGACUCAUGGCCUACGGUGGCCAGACAGUUGCGAGUAUGCGAGCAAGGAUGCUCAAAUGGAGCACAGCAUCGCCUCCUCUGCCUUCUCACCACAGCGAAGGGAUGCCCAGUGGACACAGCGUGUCUCCCAUCACUGAGCACUGGAGACAGAGUCAGACUGUCAGUGUCUCUGUAGAAACUCAGGGGAGAGCUGAGCUGCACCGACUGAGGACCAUGUCCGAGUCCAUGCAGAAGGCUAAGCUGGACUGUCUCGGGAGACAACACAGCCACGUGGUCUUUGAGGUCGACCAACUCCAAUGUGCUAAAGAAUCCUACAUUUAGGAGAGCAGACCUUGUGCCAUGGAUAACUCAUAUGUGAAGAUAUGACUGCACAGAGAACUGCCUGUUGAGUCUAUUUUCCAAAAAGUCACGAAUAAGCUCAUUCAGAAUGUCAUGUACAGCCAUCCUCUGUGAGGACAGCUUACAUAGUGACACCAGAGAGUUUGUGUGUGUGUGUGUGUGUAUGUGUGUGUGUGUGUGCAUGUGUGUGUGCGUGUGUGUGUUUGUGUAACUGGGUUUGUGCAAUAUGCAGUAAAUGUAUAAAGUGUAUUAUAUGCAAAGUAUUAGAUGCGAAGGGUACUACAUACAUCUCUUCAUGCAUGCACUUGUGUACUUUCUAUACAUUGUUGGGUUUUUGUCCCAGGUGCUUGUUUCUAUUAUUAGAAAAAAAAUCUUUUCUGAAUGUCAUGCCAGUGCUCCCAUUUCCACGCGCUGCAUGCAGGUGGGAACGUCUAAACCUCUGAUGUAAGUUUGUCCUCCUAAAGUGGCUUGUGACGAUUAAUCAGCAUAGCAGGAGGGAGUAGGCUGAAAGGCACUGUACUCAGUGCGUGAGCUGUCCGCAGCACUGGGUGAGGCUCUUUCAGUAACCUAAUGGAAUGUGGGGGCUGUGGUAGAAAUGCAUUAUGUUGCUAUUAAUUCACGCUCUGCGCCUCUGUGGUUCAGUGAGGGCUUGUGCAGCCAUGAGCGAUGUACCCAUGGGGGCCGUAUAUAAAACUCCAGCGCAGUUUCACUACAAUAAACUGCUGUCCUCCUGGAGAGAGUCAGAGAGUUGGUUGUUUGCUGUCAUCUCCUUAGCCUUGAGGGACUCCAUGAGAACACUAUCCACA